GGGGCGUCACGGACAGCAGCAGCGGACUUGGGCUGAGGUUCCCGGGCGGGCGGGCGCGGAGAGACGCGGGAAGCAGGGGCUGGGCGGGGGUCGCGGCGCCGCAGCCAGCGCAGCCAACCCGAGGGGCCGCCGCCGCCGCCCAGCGCGCUCCUGGGCCGCCGGCCGCCGCCAGCACCCGCCGCGCCGCAGCUCCGGGACCGGCCCCGGCCGCCGUCGCCGCGAUGGGCAACGCCGCAGCCGCCAAGAAGGGCAGCGAGCAGGAGAGCGUGAAAGAGUUCUUAGCCAAAGCCAAAGAAGAUUUUCUUAAAAAAUGGGAAAAUCCUGCUCAGAAUACAGCCCAUUUGGAUCAGUUUGAACGGAUCAAGACCCUCGGCACGGGCUCCUUUGGGCGAGUGAUGCUGGUGAAGCACAAGGAGACCGGGAACCACUUUGCCAUGAAGAUCCUCGACAAACAGAAGGUGGUGAAGCUGAAACAGAUCGAGCAUACCCUGAACGAAAAGCGCAUCCUGCAAGCGGUCAACUUUCCGUUCCUCGUCAAACUCGAGUUCUCCUUCAAGGACAACUCGAAUUUAUACAUGGUCAUGGAGUAUGUGCCUGGCGGGGAGAUGUUCUCCCACCUGCGGCGGAUCGGAAGGUUCAGUGAACCGCAUGCCCGCUUCUACGCGGCCCAGAUCGUCCUGACCUUCGAGUACCUGCACUCACUUGACCUCAUCUACCGGGACCUGAAGCCAGAGAACCUCCUCAUUGACCAGCAGGGCUACAUUCAGGUGACAGACUUCGGUUUUGCCAAGCGUGUAAAAGGCCGCACCUGGACCUUAUGCGGGACCCCUGAGUACCUGGCCCCGGAGAUCAUCCUGAGCAAAGGCUACAACAAGGCUGUGGACUGGUGGGCCCUGGGGGUUCUCAUCUACGAGAUGGCCGCUGGCUACCCGCCCUUCUUCGCUGACCAGCCCAUCCAGAUCUAUGAGAAGAUUGUCUCUGGGAAGGUGCGGUUCCCAUCCCACUUCAGCUCUGACCUGAAGGAUCUGCUGCGGAACCUGCUGCAGGUGGACCUCACCAAACGCUUCGGGAACCUCAAGAAUGGGGUCAACGAUAUCAAGAACCACAAGUGGUUUGCCACAACUGACUGGAUCGCCAUCUACCAGAGGAAGGUGGAAGCUCCCUUCAUACCAAAGUUUAAAGGCCCUGGGGACACGAGUAAUUUUGACGACUAUGAGGAGGAAGAGAUCCGAGUCUCCAUCAAUGAGAAGUGUGGCAAGGAGUUUACUGAGUUUUAGGGGUGUGCCUGUGCCGCCACGGGUUUUCUUUCUUUCUUUCUUUCUUUUUUUUUUUUUUUUUUUUUUUUUGGUGGGGGGGUGGGAGGGUUGGAUUGAACAGCCAGAGGGCCCCAGAGUUCCUUGCAUCUAAUUUCACCCCCACCCCACCCUCCAUGGUAGGGGGAGCAGGAAGCCAGAUAUUCAGAGGAAUGGAAACACCAGCUGCUCCCCCUCAACCCCUCCCCCUCCUGCCUCCCCCUACCACUUUUGCCUUCCUCCUCCCCAGAAGACCCCCACCCAGCCCACUUCUGCCUGUUUUAAACGAGUUUCUAUGUUCCAGUCAGACCAUGUCUUACUGGUGUAUUCAGGGACAGGGUGUGGAAAGAGGGGCCCAAACUUAACUCCCUCCCCACCCCCCCUAAACCACAGGCAUCACCCACUAAGGGCAAAUGAAGGAAAGGCCAGCCUUCUCUUCAGAGCAAUGGUGCCUGGAAAGGAGAGAUUUUAGUGACCUGUUCAGUGGGCUGCUUGCUAGAAUUAAAAAAAAAAAAAAAAAAGGUAUAAUCUUAUUUAAGUUCCACCAGUGCCUCCCCCUCCUCCUCCCCCUACCCCUCCCAAGCUGCCCCCUUCCCAAAUCCAUUUUAACAAGGCUGGGAAGCAGACUGAAUUUGUAAAGGAAGGAGCUGGGGUUCAAACCUCCGCCCCAAGCUGCUAAUCUCCUCUGCUCCUCUGCCCACCCCCCCCAACCCUGGGGGGUCCCUUGGCAAGCCUGGAAGGGUCUCAGCCCCUUUAGGAAGCCCCUGUCCCCCUCUGCCCCAGCAGACCUUUCUUCACCCUUGGGCUUCCGCCAAGACAAAGAAAGCAGCUGCCCCUCUCCCAGCCAAAAAGGAGUUGUCCCCCGAAAAGAUAGAAGGGGAGCCCCAAGCCCAGGGUCUUUCCUCCCACCAGCACUCCCCCCCAAACUCUAAUUUUAUUCUCAGCUAGAUUUUAAUGCCCAGCCUCCUCUCUGCUCAUUGGGAAGGCAACCCCCGCAAAAGAAGGCAAAGCCCUCCUCCCGCCUCUUGGCCCGGGGUUCAAGGCCAGGGUUGCUGGGGAGCGGCUGCCUGUUUUAUUCACCCAGCAGCCUCCGCCCCCCUCCCCCCAUCCUGGGCGCUCCUCCUCUGCUUAGCUGUCAGCUGUCCAUCACCCUUUCUCCCCCCCAUUUGUGCUUUUUUCUCUCAACACAAAAGUGGGGAGCAAUCCCAUUCAUCCCCGUAUUUGUCCCUCUCAUAACUUCUCCCCAUCCAGGAGGAGCUCUCAGGCCUGGGGUGGGGCCCCGGGUGGGCACGGGGGCGAUUCAACCUGUGUGCUGCGAAGGACGCGACUUCCUCUUGAACAGUGUGCUGUUGUAAA